CUAAAUUUCCAAUUUAAUCCGAUUAAUUGAAAUAGUAGACGCAAUUCAAUAUAACUUAUAUUAAAAAUUACAUCUUCAUUUGAAGGAUCGAAGAACAAAAUUAACCUGACUCGAGAGAUUAUACACACCAGAAUAUACCCAUCUUGAUAUAACCCCGGCCCUCAUCUCCACUCCACAUGAUCCAAUACACUUCACCUUCUUUCCUCUCUUCCUGUAACUUCACCUCUCACUUACCUCUCAUUUCUUAAACCUUACUCUCCUUUCUCUCUCUUUCACUUACUCUAACCAUGAAACAAAUUUCAACCAAUUUUAAUUCUUCAUUAAUUCUAUUAAUACUAUUGUUAAAAUUUAUUAUUAUUAUUAGUAACAACAACAUCACAGCCGUUGAAAUCAUCACAUCAUCAUCCUCAUCUUCAUACUUCCCUAGUACCUCUACAACCACCAAAAAUAGAAAGAAAAACCAAGUCAAUACUAACAACAAAAACAUAACUUCCACUGGCUCGCUCGGCCGCAACAGUGUGGCCGACCAUACACAAUGGAACUCAAACAUGGACGAGAUUCUACGCCAAGCCACCAAACCGAAUAUAGUGGCUUGGCUAAAGAAAAUAAGAAGAAUUAUUCAUCAAAACCCGGAAUUAGCCUUUGAAGAAUUUGAAACAAGUGCUUUAAUUAGAAAGGAAUUAGAUGAGCUUGAGAUCUCCUACAAACAUCCCCUGGCUAAGACUGGUGUUCGUGCUUGGCUUGGUACUGGUGGACCCCCCUUUGUGGCUCUUCGUGCUGAUAUGGAUGCUUUACCUAUUCAGGAAGCAGUAGAAUGGGAGUAUAAGAGUAAAAGAGAAGGAAAAAUGCAUGCUUGUGGGCAUGAUGCUCAUGUCGCCAUGCUUCUUGGUGCUGCUAAAAUUCUCAAAUCUCGUGAGCAUCUUCUCAAGGGAACAGUGGUACUUGUAUUUCAACCAGCAGAAGAGAAAGGGAAUGGAGCAAAACAGAUGAUAGCAGAUGGUGCAAUAAAAGAUGUAGAAGCCAUAUUUGCAGUACAUGUCUCACAUCAACAUAAAUCAGGAACCAUAUGCUCAAGAAGUGGUCCUUUACUUGCUGGUUGUGGUUUCUUUAGGGCUAUCAUUAGUGCUAAUCAUCACCCUCGUCGUGCUGAUGCCAUCUUAGCUGCUUCUGCUUCUGUCAUUAGCUUGCAGGCCAUUGUUUCUCGCGAAGCUAAUCCUUUGGAUUCUCAGGUUGUUUCUGUAACUUUGGUUGAAGAUGGUGGGAAUCACCUUGGUAGUGCGCCUGAAGAUGUUGUCAUUGCGGGGACUUUUCGUGCUUUCUCUGAUAUGGAGAAGUUGCUACACAGAAUCGAAGAGGUGAUUAAGGAGCAAGCAAAAGUGUUUAGGUGCUCAGCAACAAUAGACUUCUUUGAAAAAGAGUUCACACUGUACCCACCAACAGUAAACGAUGAUGGUAUGCAUGAGCAUGUGAAAAAGGUGGCAAUAGACUUACUAGGACCAGAUAAAUUUUUAAUUGUUUCACCAAUUAUGGGAGCUGAGGAUUUCUCAUUUUACUCCAAGGAAAUCCCAGCAGCAUUUUACUACAUUGGUAUAAGGAAUGAGGAAUUAGGAUCAGUCCAUUCAGGACACUCCCCACUUUUCACCAUUGAUGAAGAUGUCCUUCCUAUUGGUGCUGCUACUCAUGCCGCCAUUGCGGAAACCUAUUUAAAUCAACAUUGAUACAUUGCAACUAGAUCUGUGCAACGGGCCAAAUACAGGCUGGGUCAGGUCAAAUUCUAGUUUCUAUAAAUCAAGUUUCCAGCCCAACCCUUUUUCAAUCCUUCCGAUAUAGAAGAGUUAGAUCAAGAGCCUCAAUGGAAAUCCAGCCCACUAUAGAGGCCUAAUUGCAAGGUACAAUUAUAUAAACAAGUACAUAUAUAUUGUUUUUUAUCUACAUGUUACUAUGUUAGAUGUAAUGUAACUUGUGGUUUUUUGAAUGCUUAUUAACCCUUAUGAGGUUGAUUAUUUUUGUCUCCAAAAUGGCCUUCUCCUCUUGUUUAUAGGAGGUGUUUUGGUACAAAAUUGGAGUUGUAAUUCAUAUUUCAAAUGUACGAGAGUGAUGUAUUAUUAUUCUUAUUCUUACUUCAAUUGAAUGAGUAUUUUAAUUAUGACCA